GGCCGUUCAUUGCUAAGGUAGCUUGGCUUGCGUGCACACACACACACACACACACAUACGCACGUACGCACAUAGUAUAAGCACGCACGCGCGCACACACGCAACUUGAGGCGGCCACUUAAUUCAAAGUUCUGCCUCUUCUGCGCCUUCGCCAGGAGUGUCCCAAGAUGCACGGCGCGGGAAUGGCGGCAGCGAGCGUGGCGUUGCUGGUGGUGGCGGCGCUGUGUGGCGGCGCGAUGGGCGCCAAAUUGCCGGCGCUGGAGCCUUCCACGUUCAACGAGAUCCCCGCUGGGGACGUCGCGGCCGACGCCUACGGCUACCUGGUGCCCACGCCUUCGCUGCCGGCGGGCGCGGGGGCGUGCGCCACCACCAUCGUCACCGAGUAUGCGGAGGAGGUGGUGACUGAAACGGUGACGGAGACGGCGCCGGGCGAGGUGGUGGUGGAGACGACCACGGAGCUUUCCACCACCACCGUCACUACCGCCUACAGUGAGGUGGUGACGGCGACCGUCACCACCACAGACUACACCACCUUGGACGUCACCACCACGGAUACCACCACGGAGACCACCACCAUCGCCUCCACCACCACCCUGCCCGCCGCCACCGUCACCGCCACCGUAACGGAGACAGAGGUCACCACCGCGGUGGAGGCCACCACGCGCUUGGCGGUGGAGACCAAUGUGGUGGAGACCACCGUGGUGGAGACCGAGGCCUCCAUCGUGCUGGUGCCCACCGUGGUGGCCGUCACCGACACGCAGCUGGUGACGGAGACGCAGGUCACCACGCUGGCGGCCGUGACGGAGACGGUGCCCAAGGUGGUGACGGAGGCCUCGGUGGAGUACGUGACGGUGCCAGGCCAGCAGGUCACCAUGACCGUCACUGUCACCGACACCGUCACCACCACCGCCGUCACCACGCUGCCCGCCGUCACAUCCGAGGUGGUAUCCACGGAGGUGGUGCCGUCCGUCACGUACCUGGUGGAGACAGAGGUGGUCGCUGUGACGCAGACGGAGGCGGUGACGGAGACAGAGGUGGUGACGGUGGUGGACACUGUGGUGGAGACGGAGGUGGUGCCCACGACGGAGUACGAGGUUGAAACCGUGGUGUCCACCGUGACAGAGGAGUUCCCCGUCACGUCAGUGGUGGAAGAGACCAGCGUGGCGGUGGUGACCGUCACCACCACGCUGCCGCCGCCGCCCGCCGUCACCGUGGUGGUAACGGAGGCGGAGACAGUGCUGGAGACCGUGUCAGUCCCUGGGGGCGUCACGUACGUCACCACCACAGUGCUCGUGCCGCAGGUCGUCACCUCCACAGCCCUUGUCACCAGCACGGCGGUGCGCACAGCAGUCACCACCAAGACGCUGCCGCCCUCCUGUGGUCACGGCGGCGGGUACUCCUACAGGCAGCCCAGCACGCCCCUCAACCUCCCCGGCAUGUACUACUAGCGCACCCUCCUCCUCCUCCUCCUCCUCUCUUCAUUUCCCUGUGUCUUACUUGUAAAUUUUCCAUCGUUCCUCUUCUAUAAGGUAGACUUUUCUUCAUCUUUUUCUCUGCCUUCUCAUCUUUUCUUUAUUUUUGUCUUCCUUGCGUAAAGUAAAUAUUCCUUCGUCUUCUUUCUUCUUCACUUCCUCUGCCUCCUCCUCCUCUUCUUUAGUAAACAUAACAAGAUAAGGAUCACCUCUUCUUAUCGUCCUACUCCCCCCAAAAAAUACUAUUACUACUACUACUACUACUACUACUACCACUACCGCUAUGAAGACAUAACUCAUCCGUCCCACCUUUUUUUUAACACAAUAUUGUUCCUGUUAUUCUCAUUCUCCUCAUUUUUUUUUAUUUGUAUCAUAAGUAUUACGACUAUGAAUAUUAUUUUUCUUUAACAAAUCUGUAAGUGUGUUGCGGGACUUCAUUGAAUGGAGUCUGUCUUGUGUAGAGAUUUAUUUUAUCAUUUACAUGUGUUUGUGUUGCGUCAAGCUA